AACGACAUUUCUAUCAGUCUUAUUGUUAAUUUUCAAUUUUGAAUACAGUCAUUCGAUUCUUACUACAGUUAUGUCUCAAUUUUCGACGAUUGUUUUUUUCUUGGGUCUUUUAAUACCAUAUAUGGUAUUUGCAUCUCAAUGUGGACCACAUGCAAGAUUUGAUAAUUGUGCAAGUCCUUGUGAUCCUUCUUGUAAAAAUCCCGGUAAUGUGCCACAAUCAUGUGCAGCAGUUUGCCAAUCUAGGUGUAGAUGCAUUAGUCCAUAUAUACGUAAAGGCAAUCAAUGCGUUUUACGAAGUCAAUGUUAAUCUUGAAAAUAUUUAUUAAACGAAAACUUCCAUAUGUUGGAUUUUUUUUGGUUGUGGUUACAUAUAUGUAAAUGUUUAAACAUGUGCAUUGUAUAUAAAAAAAUGUAUAUAAUUAAAAAGAAUGGGUUUAUUACAUAACUUAUAAUCCUAUUCAAAUAUUUUGACAUUUAA